GGCAGUGUUAGAGAAGGUAGCCUCCAUGACACUGGCUGGGCCUGCGGGCCGAGGGCCUGCUGAGCGGAGCUAGGUCUCCCAGGGGCCACGGGGCCCUGAACACACACACACAGCUUCCCAGCCUCCUGGGGCAACCUGGCUAGCCUCAAAGAUGCCAACCAACGGCCUGCACCAGGUGCUGAAGAUUCAGUUUGGCCUCCUGAAUGAUACCGACCGCUACCUGACUGCAGAGAGCUUCGGCUUCAAGGUCAAUGCCUCCGCAUCCAGCCUCAAGAGGAAGCAGACUUGGGUCCUGGAGCCUGACCCGGGGCAGGGCACAGCUGUGCUGUUCCGCAGCAGCCACCUGGGCCGCUACCUGUCUGCAGAAGAAGACGGACGUGUGGCCUGUGAGAUGGAGAGGCCGGGCCGUGACUGCCGCUUCCUGGUCUUGCCACAGCCUGAUGGGCGCUGGGUGCUGCAGUCGGAGCCACAUGGCCGCUUCUUUGGAGGCACCGAGGACAGGCUAUCCUGCUUUGCCACAGCCAUCUCCCCCACAGAGCUGUGGACAGUGCACCUAGCCAUCCACCCACAGGCUCACUUGCUGAGUGUGAGCCGGCGGCGCUACGUGCACCUGUGCCCGCAGGAGGAUGAGAUGGUGGCAGAUGGUGACAUGCCCUGGGGUGUGGAUGCCCUGCUCACCCUCAUUUUCCAGAGCAGGCGGUACUGCCUCAAGUCUUGUGACAGCCGGUAUCUGCGCAGUGACGGCCUCCUUGUCUGGGAGCCUGAGGCUCGUGCUUGCUACACGUUGCAGUUCAAGGCGGGCAAGCUGGCCUUUAAGGACUGUGAUGGCCGCUACCUGGCACCCGUUGGGCCCGCAGGCACACUCAAGGCUGGCCGCAACACACGGCCUGGCAAGGAUGAGCUCUUUGAUUUGGAACAAAGUCACCCGCAGGUGGUGCUGGUAGCUGCUAACCACCGCUAUGUUUCUGUGAGGCAAGGUACACUUAGGCAAUUGAUGU